AUGGCCAUGCCGGUAGCCCAUUUCUCCCAUCCCCAACACGAGCUCAAGCUGAGGACGAAGUACCACCUGCCGCGCCUCUGUGACCUAUGCGGGGAGAAGCUCACCGGCAGCGGCUACAGCUGCCACCACCGCCUCUGCGGUUUCGACCUGCACGAGGAGUGCGCCAAGUACCCGGAGACCCUGAGCUCCUUCUUCGCGCACCCGUGGCACGACCUCACCCUCGCCCGCACCGACGAUGACGGCCGGCGCGUCUGCGACCUGUGCCGCGAGGAAGUCCCCGCUGGCGUCUUCCUGUACCACUGCGCUCCGUGCGGGUUCGGCGUGCACCCGCGGUGCUCGCGCCUGCCGCAGACCGCGAGCAGCAACCUGCACCCGGAUCACAGCCUGACGGCCUUGCCCAACGUGGGAGCAUGCGCGGCAUGUCGCGAGCCCUGUUUCGUUUGGGUCUACCGCUGCGGGCUGUGCAACUUUGACCUUCACAUCGAGUGCCUGCACGGCGCCAGGCCCUCCACCACCACCACCAUCACCGCCGCCGCCACCACCAGCAGCAGCAGCAUGGAAAAGGAGUCGUCGCUGGGCAAAUUUGUGGGAGGUCUUGCUCUAGCCGCUGAUGUAGCCGCUGUGGGAGGUCUUGCUCAAAGCGCAGGGGAGUCUCUAAUGAAUAUGUUCCAGGACGAGUGA